AAGGGUAUUAUGAUUGGCACACAUGGUGUUGGGGAGAUCAUGGGGAAGACAGUGUAGCACAGAGAAGACAAGUAGUGACUGUGGCAUCUUACUGCACUGAUGGACAGUGACUGCAAUGGGGUAUUGGGGGGGACUUGAUAAUGUGGGUGAAUGGAGUAACCACAUUGUUUUUUCAUGUGAAACCUUCGUAAGAGUGUAUAUCAAUAAUACCUUAAUAAAGAAAAUAAUAAAAAUAACUCAAGACAACUUUAAGAAGCUUAGCUAUAUAUUUAGAAAGCAUAUUGUGUUGGUACUUAAUAUGUAAUAAUGAGAGUAAUAGAAAAUCAUAUUGGAUGACUAGUCUGUAAUUAUCUCAAGGAACACAUACAAUGAAACAAGUUCUUUUGGUCACUUCCACAAGCAGCCAACACAAUGGGGAAAGUGGAGGAAAUGUCCCAUGAACACUAGGAAAAGGGAACCAAAAAAACCUAAUGUGUAAAGUUGGGAAAAUGACAGCGUUAGAAAACAAAAUCAACAAAAGAGAACACCUUCCUGUUCUGAAAUAAUAAUCUGAAUAAUCUGAAGUGCAUGAAAGGGGAACAUUCACUGGAGCUAGAGCUCUACUGAGACUGAGCAGAGAUAAGUGGCAUAUUUAACCUUCACCAUGAUUAACAAGCCUUUCUUUGAAAUUGUCUUGGUGCUGCUGGCCUCUUCCACUGUCUUCUCCCUGGAACUGAAACUGGUUCUCUUCCAACAAAGAGUGAACAGAGAGAGUUUAAAACUCUUGAAUAAACUGAAAACCCCAUCAAUUCAGCAGUGCCUACCGCACAGGAAAAUCUUCCUGCUUCGCCACCAAUACCAGGAUCCUCCUGUAUCUUUCCUGAAUCCUCACUAGUACCAGAAAGGACACACAAUAACCAUCUUUGAGAUGCUUCAACAGAUCCUCAACCUGUUCAGGACAAGUAUGUCUUUGGACAGUUGGGGAGAAAGCCAUGUGGAAAAGUUAAUCAACGAACUUCAUCCACAGCUGGUAUACUUAGAAGCUUUCAUGGGACUGGAAGCAGAGCAAAAAGGUGGCACAUUGGGUAGUGAAAACCUUAGAUUACAGGUUAAAAUGUACUUCCAAUGGAUCCAUGAUUAUCUGGAAAACCAGGAAUACAGCAGUUGUGCCUGGACCAUUGUCCAAGUAGAGUGUCUGUCCUUUGUGUUCCAACUCACAGGAAAGCUGAGCAAACGAGGAGUGGAUCCUGGAACCACGUGGAGCAGGAGCCAACUGCAGGCUUUAAAAGCAUAGGGUAGGUGGAUGGGAGAGAGAACUUCUCCAGAUAUUAUCAUUUCUUUUUGCCAUAAAACAGUAGUGUUGUUUUGGUUUUGUGUAUAUAUAUAUAUAUAUAUAUCUUAAAUUUUUAUGAGUUGAAAUAGUUUCAUUAUUAUUUCAUAACUGGUUCUUCAGAUGAGUAUAUUUUCAUAAAAAUUGGCCAGGUAGAUAUAAUGAAAUAUAUCUUCCCUGUAAAAAUACUUUUGUUAACAUAGAAUAUCCAUUCCAAUGAUUCCUUCAAUGGCCAAAAAUUGAAAGAAACAGUGAGAAAUACUAGGAAUAAUUUGCACUGCAAGAUUUGAAAAUGUCAUUAUAGGUGGCACAACAGAAGGGCGUGAAUAAGCACUUUUCAGAGGAAAAAAAAUACAUGAAAAGGUGUUCAACCUUCCUCAUAAUGAUGAAAAACAAAUUAAAAGUAAAUAGCAUGCCAUUUAUGACCUAUCAGAUAGAUGAAACCCCAAAGUUUGAUUUAAAUCACUGUUGUGGAGACUUUUGAGGGGGAACUGCUUUUGUAAUUUACUAGAGCACUGGAAAUUGGUACAAUCACAGAGGAGGCAAUCUGGUGAUAUUUUUUAAUGUUAUAGAUGCAUGUAGUCUUUGAUCCAUCUAUUCUAGGCCUGAAGUGUAUCCUCUAAGAAUACUUGUGCAUGUGUGUAAGGACUUAAAAUAUUGUUCCUUGCAGCAUUAUUUAUAAUAUUUAAAAAAAGGGAACCACUCAAAUCCUUCUAAUUAAGAGAUACUUAAUGUAUAUUCACACAAAGGAAUGCUAUUCCACUGGAGAAGAAA